GGCUCAAUUCACCGCAAGCGUGCAUUCUCAUUGCAGCAGCCGCCAGUGCCAGCCCGCCGCCGUGCUUCCUUGCGUGAGCUGUCUUUGAUGGGAACAGCAACUGCGGCACUGAACUCAAAAUUGAGCCACACCACUAUCAAUGCCACCACCUCCACCUCCAUUUCUUCUUCACCAAUUCACCACCACAUUGGCAAUGGUAGCGAUCACGACAUCCACGGCUAUGAGCCCACUUCCCCACACUCCCCGCACUCUCCUCACGUCUCGGUGUCAUAUCAGCAACAUCGGUCUACAAUCCCACAGAGACGGUCUCAACAGUUCUAUCCUACAGGACCCGGACAACCAUUGAUGAUGGAGCGGGCCGCGUCUACUUCUUCUGUGACUUCAUCAGGAAACAAUGUCUUUGAUCGACUUUCCCAGACGCCCACCCGUGCUUCGCGUGCAAAGAUGGCUCACCGCCACAGCAGCGGUAGUCUUGAAGACUUGAGAAUGCACUGGGAUUUGGAAAGAUCCUCCAGCUCAAUGAGUGGUUCUUACUAUGGCGAUUAGAUCCAAUGUAAACUAACUUGACUGUGUCUCAACCCCAAAACAACCCAACACCACCCAACCUAAAAGAAAAAAAAGAUUUUGUUUUUGUUUUAAUUCCAUUUCAUCCUCUCUAUAUCUCUACCUCUUUACCUCUCUACAUCUUUUUAAAAAAAUUGUUAUAAUAUCCUUUACUCCCCCCCCCUCUCUCUCUCUACCCACCACCUUAUUUGAUUUUGCCUUUAUCAUUAUUUAUAUUAUUAUUCUUAUUUAUCUGUUCUUGCUGUAAUCUAUUAUAUCCUUGCUUCUUCUCUGUCUUUCUUUCUCUUUAUUAUAUAAAAAUAUAUAUAAUAUAAAUGUAUACAAAUAUAUAUAUAUAUAAAAAUGU